AGACAGAAAGUUGAUGAUGAUAGAAAACACGAAAUUGAAGCUGCUAUAGUUCGUAUAAUGAAGGCUCGUAAGAGACUCCCUCACAACAGUUUAGUGGCCGAGUGUGUGGAACAACUUAAGAACCGGUUCCCUCCUAACGCUAUGAUCAUUAAGAGAAGAAUUGAAAGUUUAAUUGAAAGAGAUUAUCUAUCAAGAUCACCUGAUGACAGGAAAGUUUAUAUAUAUAUGCCAUAGGAUCAAAUUCACUCUCUCU